AUGGAUAUACAUGCCCUAUGGGCCGAUGUCGUCUUUCAGUCCCGCUGUCCGGACUUCCAGGAGGAGUUGCUCAAGAGGGCCGGCCAAUGCCCGAUCUCCAUCGUAAUUGAGAAACCUGCACCACGCGUCAUCAAAACUGCGCUUGGACUUCUUCACAGAGCACGCAAGUUCAACAUUGACUCGGUCUCUACAACAACCAUGGACGAGAUUAUUCGUGCCAUGACACACGCGUCGUUGGAAUUACUUGAAGAACUAUCCCUAUCUCAGCUCGGCCCACCCACUUCUUUCUCCCUUGAAACGGACCCUGCAGUGUCACCGGUUCGUGGGAUGUUGAAGGCGCCGAACCUACGAUCCCUUUGCCUUUGCAACAUGACGAUACCCGUCGGACUUUCAGGUCUUACAAGUCUAGUGCUCAGAGACUAUUCUUACCUCGAACCCGUACAGGACGCGGAUACCUUCCUGAAUAUGCUUCGCCUCUGCAUCCAUCUGGAGAAUCUGGACAUCGAUAACUGGAUCCCGGACCUGAUUGUUCUUCAUAGACCACAACGCGAUGAGAGGGGUUUGAUCUCAUUCCCAUCCCUCGCGCACCUGAAGCUACGACACUAUAUGGAGCGCAUCAACCUCCUCUGGUCGUUUCUAUUCAUACCCAAAUCGGCAGCAAUAGCAAUCCACUUCAUCGAUUUCGACGAAGAUCCCGCCAACCUCCUCGAAUCAGGGGAGCUGGCUCUAGCUUUGCGUGCAUUCGCUUCGCAUACCCUCGUCAAUGGACGCUCUACCAUAACCCGACUAAGUGUUUUAUUAGACCCGGACUCGUCGAAGCUGAACUUUGCCUUCGAUACCUCGCGCGAUCCUCCGGGCUCCACGUCGCCAUUGUGGCUCCCAAGUCAGUCAUUCGUUCUCAAGUUCACCUUUCACGCGGAGAUCACCCAUGCGGACGAGUACAAGGGCCUCUUCAACUGCAUCUGCUCAGGCCUUUCUUUGCGACUGGACCAGAUUGAGACCUUGGAGUACGAUUUGGCGGACUGCGACCCCGGGCUCAGCGAAGCUAACCCAAACGAUAAGAAGCUCUACGUCAUGUUCCCUUCCGUGACAACACUGCAUAUGAGAUGCACGGACUCAGAUCCCGCCUUCAUACUGAGAGCAUUGUCUCCGUUCGGACAACCGCGAUUCUUCCCCAAGUUGCAAGCGCUGCAGCUACGAUGGGGAUUCAACCCUUCGAGGAGCCAAUCCUUAUUGGACGCUUUGAAGAGCCGCGUUGCGCAGCGCAGGCCGUUGGCAAGCAUCGGCUUUGACGACGGCAAUCAUUGGUCUUGGACGAUCGUUGGUAGCGAGGGGAUUACUACAUACCUGCAAGAAGUCGAGGCCAUAGUUCCACACACCUAUACCUACACAUACCGGGAGUAG